AUGGCUACGGUCGUAAGUUUUCCGAAAUCCGAAUGCCGUAUCUGGUCAAUAAAUCUUUUCUUUGGUACGUGUACACUCUACGCUUCUCGUGUUGCGUUACCGCUUUGUGCAACAGCCGUCGCUCAUGAGUAUUCGUGGAACAAGAAUGACGCGGGUACUGUUUUAUCGUGCUUUUUUUGGGGCUAUGCAUGUACACAGUUGUUUGCUGGUGCAGUUGCAGAUCGGUUUGGUGGUGAGAGGGUAUUACGUAUAACAACACUAAUAUGGGCACUACUCACUUUCUUCACACCACAACUCUUUGAUCUCUCAUUUACAACACGCACUCCUCUUUUGUUUGUGAUCAUCGUUCGGGUUCUUACUGGAGUUGGACAGGGUUUUCAUUUGCCAUCCAUGGCAUCAUUAACAUCUCGGCAUCUAACAGCCUCUGAUAAAGGUCGCGUAUUCGGUGUUUGUUUAGCGGGAUCACAUUUUGGAACCGUAGUAGCAGGUGGUGUUGGAUCGAUAUUACUGGAAACAUUUGGAUGGAGGGCUUUAUUCCAGUUUGUCGGUAUUAUAUCGUUAAUUUGGUGGGUGAUAUUCCGUGAAAUGACCACGCCACACUCGAGUCGUGUGAGAACACUGUCUUUUGGACAUGCCGAUCGGGUGCAACCAACGGACGAUUCAGACAUACCGUUAACAAAUAUUUUACGCAAGUCAAUUUCCACACCAAGCACCGGCUCCACUGCUGGUGUUCCAUGGAUGAAGCUUUUCACCCAUCCAGCUUUUUGGGCGGCAGCAGUAGCGCAGUAUUGUGGUGCGAAUGCAUACUAUACGAUGUUCAGUUGGUUACCGUCAUAUUUUUCGGAUAACUUUCCGAAUGCAAAAGGAGUCGUUUAUAAUGUUGUGCCAUCCACUGCAAUUGUGUUCACUUCGUUUCUUGCGCCCUUCAUGGCAACACGAUUGUUCAAUAAAAUUCAUUCGCUAACGUAUACGCGACGAAUUAUGGAAGGCGUCUCGUUGGCAUCGAUGGCUUUGUGUUUAUUCCUCGUUACUUGGUCAUCACAGUUUUCUUCGUCGUUACUUUUGUUCACGCUUGCAAUGGCCGCACGAGGUUUACAUCACGGGGGCGUUUGUGUGAAUCCGUGCGACUUAGCACCGCAGCAUACGGGCGCUGUUUUCGGUAUAUUCAAUUCCUUCUCAUCCGUCACUGGUUUCAUUGGUGUUUAUGUUGCUGGAUAUAUUCUUCACGAAACCGAAAACAAUUGGUCAUACGUCUUUGUUUUCGCGUCAGCACAGUGCGUUCUUGGUUCAGUGGUUUAUUCACUCUUGGGCAUAGCGACACGAAUAAUUUAA